AUGAAUGGACAUCACGCUCAUGGGAAUGAGGGAAGUAGGAUGAAGAUUGUUGUAGCAGUUGACUUCGGAACAACUUUCUCAGCGGUCGCAUAUGCCAAUACGCAUAAUGUCAUGGCAACUCUAACAACGCGUCUUGGUCCCAUUAGAUGUCUUCGCUAUGAGCACAGUGGAGCCACUGGAACCUUUUAUUGGGGAUUCAGGGCCCAUCAAUUCAUUGAUCGAGGGGAAAAGAUUCAUGAGUGGUUCAAGCUAGGGCUUUGCAAUGAUUUUGAGGAACGCCGAGCCCGAGAGUCGGAGCUAGCGAAGAAUUACAAGAGUCAGACGGCCCUUCCACCAGUGAAGGGCAAAGAGUGCGAAGGUCUUGUUGUGGAUUACUUGACUGGUAUCAAAGGCGCCGUCGACGAAUACUUUACUGCGACCUAUGAUGAAGAAGUGACUCGGUGUCACAGGGAGUACAUCAUCACCGUUCCUGCUCUUUGGGAUCAUGCCGAACAGGAGAAGACUAGAAGAUGUGCUGAAAAGGCUGGCAUGGGUAAGGGGCACAAGCUACAAAUCAUCUCAGAGCCCGAAGCCGCCUGUAUAUACGCCAUUCAGUCAAUGCUCACAUUGAAUGUUAAUGAAACAUUCGUAAUUUGCGAUGCGGGAGGAGGAACCGUUGAUCUCGCCUCGUACACUAUCAGCUCAUUGAACUUGCAGCCAUUUUCUUGCAAGCUGGAAGGGGCCGCGAUUGGCACAGGCGGUCUCUGUGGAAGCAGCUUCUUGAACCGAAUAUUCGAGGAAUAUCUCAUCAAUAAAUUAAAGACGUAUAGUGGUUGGAAUCGUUCUUUCAUGAUCGAUGCCUUGAAAGCAUUCGAAGAAAGAAUCAAGCCCAAUUUUACCGGAGAGAGUCAUGUUGAACACAUCAUCAGGAUACAGGGAUUGGUCCGAAGCGAUCGCCACGGAGUUUACCCGAAUUUCCUGACACUGACAACCCCCGAGCUUCGCGAAAAUGUGUUUGACAAAGUAAUCAACAUCGUCCAAGCUCAUGUCAGCAACCAAAUUGCCAACACCAAGAAACCGGUCAAAGCGGUUUUACUGGCUGGAGGGUUUGGCAAGAACCCGUAUCUUAAAAAACGGCUUCAAGAAAUCGACUCAGUCAUGAGACAUGGAAUUAAAGUCAUACAGAUUGAGAAUAGUGACACUGCCAUUGCUCGUGGGGCGUUGAUAGCUGGCCUUGCAGGUCUAGGUCGAAUUCAAGACAGACCAGACGAUGGCGGGUUUAAUGCGCUUCCAAGCAGGACCGAGGUCAUUUCACGGAUUGCUGGCAGAUCUUACGGGACAGCAGCCUAUUUCGACUUUGAUAGAGCCGUUGACCCGGAGAGCAGAAGGGUGCCUCGCGAUGAUGGAGAUAAGAUUGAAAAAAUCCGAUGGUUUGCCAAAAUGGGUGAUAGUAUUCCCGAUGGCAAGCCGAUGUCAUUCUCCUUCUUCAAAAUGACAAAAGUGAGGUCGCAUAUCCCUGCAGACAAGGCAUGUAUACCUGUUGUCAGCAUAUAUAGUUGUGAAAAGAAAGUCGCUGCAGAUUAUAUAGACGACCCAAAUGUUUCGAAGAUUGUUGAGUUUAAGCUUGAACUCCACGGCCUCGACAUUCCUAUUACGAGAAAGAAUGGCUGCAACUUCUAUGAGGCUGAGUUUGUGAUUGAGAUGACUUUGCAUGCAGCUAGUCUUUCUUUCUGUGGAGUAUAUGGCAAAGGUAGUUCUGCUAAGAGAUUCCCAGCGAAGAAGGUCCAAUUUAGAUAA